CUAAGGGAUAAAUCAAAGAGUGGGGGUAGUGGUUUUUUUAAAAUUCAAGAUGCUAGCAGUUGAUAUUCAGAUUCUUCUUGUAAUAAUUUUGGGGACUACUGAUUGCCAGAUAAUCCCCAGGAUUGAAGAAUGUGGACUCUCAUGUUCUCAGGGCUUUCAUUGUAAAAGCAAACCUUCCACUGGUAUUUUUAACAGUUUCUGCCGUGAUGCUCCUGCCUCUUUAUCUUCUACUAUACUGAAAAGCAUGACGCUCUCAACAGCGAUGAAGUGUGUAGAGGGAAGCCAAUGCUCUCUUCACUUAAACGUUAAAGGGACCCUGAAUCUUGAUGAAAAUAUUCGUGGUCUGGAAAUCUGUUCUCUGUCAGUGGACAUGCAGCAGUCUCAGUGUGUGAAUGUGAGAUUUUCUAGAAAAACGAGCAACAAGCUUGUUGGAAGGAAGGUGCAUGUGCAGUUUAAUUGCUUUGAAAUCAAUGUAGCACAACACAUCUAUGUGACCAUGAAAACAAUACCAAAUUACUGUGAAGUCAAGUUGAGUCAGGAGUACUAUGUUGAAGAUUGCAGGAACAAUGAUGUGGGAAAACAUAUUCCAGUCUGUUUUGCUGGGAAGUUGGAUUAUAAUGUGGACAGGGCGAGGAAAACCAUAUCUGUGAAUGUAUCAGACUUUCUUCAAGACCAAGACUAUUAUGUUCGUUUAUGUCACAAAUGGUUUAUCUGUGAAGAUGUGGGGUCAUUUGCUUUGAUAAAAGGGAAGAAGUCUUUGAAGUCAACUUCCUUGCAAUAUUCCCAGUUACUGCCUUGUCUCUGCAUUGAGGGUUGGUCGGCAAUCCCAGAUGCAAGGAGGACACAACUUUGCCCUUUUAAAAAUGAUACAAAGGCACUGUGGGAUAGCAUUGUAUAUAAUCCAGCCACCCAAACACUAGCCUGGGAACCAGCCUGUCCUGUGCACGUCACUGUUAACCUGUGCAGGUUAACAAAGAUGAAUGACCAAUGUGUAGAUCUACAAAACUCAUCAACUACAGCUCCAGAGAAACAGGUAAAAUAUUCCCGCGUAGACACUCAUCCAAGACUUUGCAUGAAGUUUACAACCAAGCAAGGCUCUUGGGUUAGAUGCCCAUUUGCUCAUGGAAAUUUCCCAGCUUGGAAAAUGAGAAUUGCUGGCGGGGCAGAACAGACACAAGUCUCCUUCACGUCACAAACCAAAGCACAAUUUUCAGUGCUUGUGUGUAACAAAGCACAGCUGUCUUCAUGUGACUCUGUUGGGAUACGCCACUCAGUCUCAGCGGGUGACUCUCAUCCCACAUCUGUCAAUAUUUCAGGUGAAAUAUGUGGCUCACAAGUUUGCAUUCAGGGCUGGAGGACAGAUGUAGAUUAUUCUGUUCCAUUACUGAUCUGUGAUAUCCAAUGCACAUUAUCUUCCCAGAGUCAAGAAGAUGAUGAAAAUGCCAUAAGGAUCAUGUUGCUGACAGCAAUCAUUUUAAUCCUGGUGAUGAUGAUGGCUCUCCUUGGACUUAAAAUUUUAACAAUUUUUCACAGAAAGAAACAUGAAGGCAGAAGUCCAGCACAGAUUAUAAGGCAGAGUUUCUCCACUAGAGUGAAGAGUACCUCUUCCUUGCAUUGAUGAUGGUGACUGGUGACUUUAGCAGAACUUUUUCAAGAUCCUCAACGUCCUUCUCAAUAUCAGGUUGACUUUACAUGUUACUUGCAAACCCUUGUACACACAAGUAGUCCGCUCUCAUGCAAACAGACUUUGGUAGGACUAUUCACAAGUGUAAAAGGCUUUACAAGCUCAGAGUGUAACAUUUUAACUUCUUCACAUGAAGGAGUAUCAUGUAGUCUGUUUGCCUAUAUCUCAAGAACAGAAAAGGUUGGUUAGAUCAUGAGGGUAGAGAAUUUGGCCCACAUUUUCCUGUGAAAUGAAUGGUUUAUUUAAGAUGCCAGAAGUGGGAAGGUUUUGCACCCCAGUUGCUGUAUUAUGAGUACUUCAAGAUUUAUACAUUUAUAAAACCAUCAAUCUGAAUUACUAAGAGUUAUGGAAUGGAAGAGAUUUUAUAUAAACGUUGAUAAAUGUACUUACCUCUAGUGAACUGAACCAUAGCUUCCUUUAUUUUCUGAAGCCUUUCUGAUAACUUUAGAGCACUGUGGCGAAUCUUGCCAUAGACAGACUUGUAUUCCUGAAAUUCUUCUCAGGUCUAUCUGAUAACUGCAUUCAGUAUUUUAUGUAUUGUAUUUCUUUGAGUCAAAGACAUUUUUCCUCUUGUUUUAUUUUAUGGAAAAAAUGGAAACAUGUUCACAGCUUUGUUAAAUAAUUAAAAUGACAAUGUACAUUUCCUCUCUAAGGAACUAGAUCCUCCUCCCAUUAAGUUAAUGGGAAAACCUCCAUUGACUUCAAAGAGAAGCAGAUCAGGCUUCUGGUUUCUUGGUUGUUUAAAACUCUUACAUGAAAUAUAGUUCUUAAGAAAAGUAUUUUGUCAACAUAAUGAACUGAAGUGUUUUUGUCUUGUAUUAUAAUGCCAGUAUUUAUACUUGCAACU